AUGAGUAGCAGCAGAAAGGAAGCAUUUGUCCCAUACAACUUUAUAUCCGGCCGCAAAUGAAGAUGCACAAUUUGCAAUAAAGAAUUUGAUCAAUCCUGCCUCCAAGCUCAUGACAGCCUACACAUGAAGAACUUGCCAAGCCCCACGCCAAAUGCUCCAUCAUACUCAACACAGCCUUAUCCUCACAACCCCCAGCAAGAGAAUCAUUAUCCAUACAAAAGUAACCUCGAAAAGCCCCCAUCUGAAAUUCCCUUAAAAGAUGACAAACUAUCAAGCAUAAUCUCCAAAAGCAUACAAGAAAAAGCUGAUCAAGAUCCCCAGAAAUCUAAAAGUUAUUUAAAAGGGCUUAUAAAUCAGCAAUCUGGGCCAAUAGGCAAAAAACCUCUCCCAAAUUUUAUACUAAACCAAGCUGAAUUUUCUAAUAAUUUAGAAUACCAAGAUGAAGAAUUUGAGCUGACAUCUGCAAAUCCUGCUAUAACUGAUAUGCUUUCUAAUAUGGAAAACAUAGAGAAUCUUGCCUAUAAACAAAAGAAUUUUGCAGUCUCAAAGGCUCCUACAAAGCCUGAAAUCGUAAAUAAACAAAAAAUCGAAAAAAUUGAUAACAAUGGAGAAAAUAUCCAAGCUGUAGAAAAAGGGAAAAGCAUUGCGAAAAAAUCAGCUAAUGAGCCGCCAAUGCCGAAAAAAAGGCCAAGAAAAGAAGAUUUUUCAGUUAUGGGUGCUAUUAAAAAAAUCCAAAAAGUUGAAGCAUGCUUCAGUGCUAUGAAUAUGAUACUCGAUAUUAAGCUACGCUUGCGCAAGAAAAAGUUAUUUAAAAUGUUCAAGAAUUAUUAA